UGCCCUGCGCGGUGUGGCUGCUCUCUCUCUCUCUGUGUGAGGCUGGUGCUGGCUCUGUGGAGGCCGAGGCUGAUGCUUGCAGACGGUGUUGGGGGACUCGGAGCCGGUCACAAUGCAGGAGCUUAUCGCCUGUGUGGAUCACAUCCGGUUCGACCUGGAGCUCGCUGUGGAACAGCAGCUGGGGGCCCAACCGCUCCCCUUCCCGGGAAUGGACAAAUCUGGUGCUGCUGUCUGUGAGUUCUUCCUUAAGUCAGCAUGUGUAAAAGAUUUAGGAGGGAUGUGCCCUUUUCGACACAUCAGCGGAGAGAAGACGGUGGUUUGUAAACAUUGGUUGCGUGGUCUGUGCAAGAAAGGUGACCAAUGUGAAUUUCUCCAUGAAUAUGACAUGACCAAGAUGCCAGAGUGUUACUUCUACUCUAAAUUCGCAGAAUGCAGUAACAAAGAAUGUCCAUUUCUACACAUUGAUCCAGAAUCAAAGAUCAAAGAUUGUCCUUGGUAUGACCGUGGCUUCUGUAAACAUGGCCCUCUUUGUAGGCACCGACACACACGCAGGGUCAUUUGUGUGAACUACCUUGUGGGAUUCUGUCUGGAGGGUCCUAACUGUAAAUUCAUGCAUCCGCGAUUUGAAUUGCCUAUGGGCACUACGGAGCAGCCCCCUCUACCUCAGCAAACGCAGAUCCAGCAAAAGCAAAAUAACAACCAGGUGUUACAGAGAUCAUCCUCCCUCAUUCAGUUAACAAGCCAGAACUCCCCUGUCAGUGUGCAGCGUUCUCCUCAGACUAUUGGUGUCAUGCAGCACCAAAGCAACAACAUGGGUAAUAGAGGCCCAAGACCUCUGGACCAGGUUACUUGCUAUAAGUGCGGUGAGAAAGGACACUACGCUAACAGAUGUACAAAAGGUCACCUUGCAUUCCUGAGUGGGCAGUAACUCACAAACUGUGUUUGGAUGAUUUAAAAAAACUGAGAACUUUAAAGAUAUUGUGGGUGGAUAAUUUCACUUUUUUUUUUUUUUUUUUUUAUCAAUUAGUUUUUUUUUAAUUUGUCUUUUGAAUUCAGGAUGUUUCCUGAUUUUGAUGUAAAUAUGAGUGAUUCUAAUGUUUUGUUCAGAACUGUUUAUAAAGAUUAUCCUCCUGUGCUGAGAAAUAUUGGCAGUAAAUUAGUUUUGCCAAUUAUUUUUUUAAAUAAAUAAUGUAAAUUCUU